GCGGGGCGGGGCGGGGCUCACCUGCCCGCGGCCCCGCGGCCGGCGGGGCGCUGCGCGGGUCGGGGCUGCGCGGAGCGCGGAGGCUGCUGGCAGCAUGUCCCGCCUGCUGGGCACCCUGCGCAGCUCCCAGCCCGUGGCGCGCUUCCAGCGCUGCUGCGGGCUCUUCCCCGCCGGCGAGGAGGGCAGCGGCGGCGGCGACCCCGCGGAAGGGGCCGGUGAAAGCGGCGCCUGCAACGGCACGGCCGCGCUGCGCCGCCCGGCAGCCGCCGGCCGCGGCCCCCGCAACGGGAUGCGGAGUGGCCGCGGCCCGCAGGGUUGCGCGCAGAAGUAUAUUGUGAAGAACUACUUCUACUACUACUUGUUCAAGUUCUCAGCUGCUUUGGGCGAAGAGAUUUUUUAUAUCACUUUCCUCCCGUUUAUCUACUGGAACAUAGAUCACUCUGUGUCUAGAAGAAUGAUAAUUAUUUGGUCUAUAGUGAUGUACAUAGGGCAGGUCUCCAAGGACAUCCUGAAGUGGCCUCGACCCCUCUCGCCACCUGUCGUCAAGCUGGAAAUGAGGACGGACGCGGAGUACGGGAUGCCUUCCACCCACGCCAUGGCAGCCACUGCCAUCUCCUUCUCCUUCCUCAUUGCAACCACGAACCAGUACAAGUAUCCGUUCGAACUAGGCCUGGUAGCGGCGUUUGUGUUUUCGACGCUGGUGUGUCUCAGCAGGCUCUACACGGGGAUGCACACAGUCCUGGACGUGAUCGGCGGAGCGCUAAUUUCAGCUGUGCUGCUCGUGCUCUUGUAUCCUGCGUGGGACACGAUAGAUCACUUGCUGUUGACCAGUCCCUUCUGUCCACUGCUUUCCAUAGUUGUGCCUCUUGUCUUAUGCUACAACUACCCCAAACUAGACUAUUACAGCCCUACCAGGGGAGACACCACUACUAUCUUAGGAGCAGGAGCUGGAGCAACUGUGGGAUUUUGGUUAAAUAACCAGUACGCCACGCCAGCCUACACCAGCGAAAAUUUUCAGCUUGGAUUUCCUCUGAUCACCAGUAAAAUGCUGGUAGUCGUGCUAGCCAGGUUCUUUGUAGGCAUCUUUAUUGUUCUACUGACGCGCCGGCUCAUGAAGAGCGUGGUCCUUGGCAUGCUGGGCUAUCGGUACAAGUUUCCCAUCGGCGACCUGGAAGCCCGGAGACGACUGGAAGUCGAAGUGCCGUAUAAAUUUAUAACGUACUCCUCAGUUGGCUUCAGUGCUACCGUGCUUGUGCCGCUGUUGCAUGGGCUGUUAGGACUGAUGUGAGUGUGGCGCCUUCCUUACAAUGUCAUGUGUGGCACCACCAUUUCAGAGAUGAGUCAACCAAGGCUGGUAACUUGACCAAGAAGUGUUUUGUGCCUUUCUGCACUGGCCUAAAAUACCUGAUUCGGAAGAGUCACGGGAAUCGCUGUACACAAAUAACUUUGGGUUAGAAAGUGCCGACCCAUACUUUGUCCCAUAAUUAGAGACCCCUGGCCCAGAUGACUAAAGGUGACAAGCAAAGAGUACAAAGCCAAAGUCCCUGCCGGAGCGUCAGCAGUGGCUGGUUUUGCUGGGGGUGUCGGGAGCCAUGGCUGUGCCUCGGGAACACCAGCCCUGGGGCUCCCUGGGCUGCAAAACUGCUUGCCAGGCCAUAGGGUUGCUCCUGUUGAAGAAGGAGAGCAAGCCAAGGCAGGGCUUGUGUUUGGGGCGUGGGGGAGCAAGCGGCUGGUGGGGUGGGCGAAGAGGCAACCAGCCAAGAGUGAAGCGCCGUCCUUGGGACAUGCAGAGCCCUGUCUGCAUCCCGCUAUCCCCUGGGGACGGGGGGUGAAGAGAGAGUGGCUGAACGAGGGAAGGUGAAGUGGAGGUGGAUGCUCUUCAAGUGCUGGCACCUUCCCGCUGUCGGGGUUUGGUGGGAGCGUCCUGCUGGCCAAGACCAGCAGUUUUCUUCAGCAGCCAGCGUCAGCAGAGAUCAGAGACGGCCACGCUUGGGUAUAGCUGAGCAUUUCCCUAAAGAAAUCUGGUGAUUAUUGUACUUGUCGCUUGUCAUAGUGUCUUCUGAUGGCACUGCCAGACCUGGCUAGUUCUGUGUGUAUGGUUUUACCCACUGCAAUCCCUAAAAAAAAAACCCACCCAACCCACCACCAAAAAAACCCAACAAUAAAAAAAAAUAAACAAAGAAGUGAAACAGAAGAAAGAAAAAUCCAACACAAAACACUUUAAGUAAUUUGUAACAAAUUUAUCUUGGAUAUUAAUAAGGUAGCCUCCAGUAAAAGGUCCUUUGCCUGCAUACAACUCAGCAGAGUUGUUACCGCAAUGUUGAGACUUGUGUUCAAACUGUUUAACUCUGAUUUAGCUUUCCUGUCUAGGGGACGGGACAAAGUCCUUCCUAUCGUGCAGGGGUGACAAAUAGUGUCCUUAAACCGCGUUGUGGAAGGAGCUGAGCGGUGACUCUGGUGACUACGACGUGUGGCGAUGAUAAGAUGCCGUCAUUUUCUGGUGCUGCACAGCAUUACAGUUGGUCUUCCAUGCAUCUUGCAAUACCGUGUGUACACUUGUAGAAUAGCAGUUGAUGAAUGUUCAUAGGAGGGUUGUCGCUGUAACUCAGGCUGCUUAUUUUAAAAAACAAUAUGUAUAUCAACUGUUGGACCGAUGAGCUGUUGAGAAAUACAGCGGUGAAUGUGGUCUGCUUGGCUAGAAAAAUGUAGCACACCAUAACCAUGGAGCUUCAAGCAUGGCCCCUGUGCCUUUCCCUGCCAGAAUGUACAGUGAAAGCCAGCUUUUUAACCAUGUCCGCUCGACUUCUUGGCUGCAAGAAAAAUUAAGCUGAAGAAAGUAAAGCAGGUGCUUUGCUGUCAGUUGACCGCUUGGAGAAACGUAAUCCAGUUCCAAAAAUGUAAGCUGGGAGUUUUAAAACCGGGUCGGUAGUCUCCAGAAGAAAUGCAGGUGGAAAUUUUAACCAUUUUUCAGAUUUGCCCAGGCUGCGGAUAAACUAUUUUAAAUUAGGACUUUACCCAUGCAUGCAAAGAGCUUCAGCCAGUCUUUCAGCAGGGCACGUACCCGCUCACACCUGGGCUUUGGGGAGCACUGGGCUUGGGCC